AUGACCUUGAUCCAGCGUCUACCGCAGGAAGUGGUAAAUCGGAUUGCAGCUGGUGAAGUGAUUGUGCGCCCAGCUAAUGCCGUCAAGGACGAUGGCUGUGGUAUUCCGUACGACUCAUUGCCCAUCUUAUGCGAGCGCUUCACCACUUCGAAACUGCAAAAGUUUGAAGACUUGCGAGCCAUGGAGACAUUUGGAUUCCGUGGGGAAGCGUUGAGUUCGCUUUCACAGGUCUCGAAAGUCUUCGUUCGUACGAAAGUUCAAAGCGAGCCACUGGGCGUCUCGGCGAGCUACAUUGACGGCAAACUGCAGGAGCAAAGUCAAUGUGCGGCGCUCGAUGGGACCAUCAUCGACGCUCGCCAGUUAUUCUACAACAACUCUACGAGACUGUUGGCGUUUAAGAAUGUUGCAGAGGAAACGAGCAAGGUCGUUGAAGUCGUGCAACGUUUUGCGAUUUUACACCCGAGCGUGAGAUUCAACUUGAACCACGGAAAGUCGCUAUCCACGAAAGGAAAUGGGGAUCGGAAGGCUGUGAUUGCGACGCUUCUAGGACCAGAAUACGCAAAAGAUAUGGUGCCGCUCGAGCUGUCGAAUGCGAAGCUUCACUACAAAUUGGAUGCACUGGCUUCGAAUCCGAUCUCUCUCGUCACGGCUCAAUCAAAUCCGAGCAAGAAGAAAUAUUUCGUGCUGUAUGUGAACAACCGAAUCGUACACAAUGACUACUUUAAACGGGCGAUUGAAACUGUUUUUGCAGAUGCAAAUAUGGCCUACUUGUUCCUGUACAUGGACUUGCAGAUCGAGCCCUUCUGCAUUGAUGUAAAUGUGCAUUCGUCGAAAGAACGCGUCGAAUUCCUGAAUGGAGAUGCGAUUAUUGAUGAAGUGAAGGAGGCUCUUCGCACUCGUAUUUUGCACAGUACAGCCACCCAGGAUACGUCGAAUAACUUGAGUCAAACGGUCAUACGAAAUUUUACAGUGUCCUUGGUGGAAAAAGGACCCCCGAGUGCAAGCCCUUCGGCUUCAGAGACAAGUCUUGUUGCGAGUCCACUAACCACUAGACCGGAGAAUCACCUCCGAACGGAUUACAAGCAACAACGUCUUGAUCAUUUUCGCCUGGAACAGCUGGAAAAUCAGCCAACGCAGCUUAUCGAAGAGACAGUUCAUGAGGACGACGCCCUAUCCAAUCGGCUCGCCGAGCAGGUGGCGAAACUGCGCGAAGCCGCGAUGAUUGGCAUCUCGACAGACUUUUUGGAUAAUUUUAAAGCAAGCCCUUUUUUUACUAAACUUGACGUUGUUCAGCAACUGGUCCUUGUUGGCGCUAUUGAUUGCGAGUAUGUUCUAAUGCACGAUGCAGCCAACCGGCUCGUUUUGCUCGAUUUUGUAACACUUACGCAGGAACUUUUUUACGAUAUUUAUAUUUUUGGCUUUGGCCAUCUCGGGUCAUAUGAAAUACAGUCACCCUUGGAUGUGCGCAGAUUAUUGUCGGCCAGCUCUAAUGACAUUGACAUUGAUGAGGCCAUCGAAUUUUUCAAAGCACACGAAUGCAUCAUGAGAAGAUAUUUUUCGGUCGAGUUUUUGGUGGAAGAAGAAAAUCUACUUCUUUCGAAAAUCCCCUCGCUCUUGGACGGCUACUGCCCACAGCUUGAACGAAUCCCAGAAUUUCUUUCUGACUUGUUGUCCAUCCAAUUUACCGAAGAUGGUUUUGAUACCGGCGAUGCGGCUCGCUGCACCGCGAAAUUUUUCACGUUGAAAAAGGAGUUUUGCGAAGAUGGAAAGAUCAACACGUUGCUGGGAGCGGCCGCCCAAUUUGAAUCGUAUGCGGACGUUAUUCGGUUUUUGUUGCUCCCCCGUAUGAAGAAACAGCUGAUUCCGCCCAGCCACUGGGCAUACGAUGGGGCGGCGCCAUCGCCCUUCAGAUGGGUCACUUCGAAUUCGGAUAUUUAUAAACGAAUGAGGCUCUGGGUAAAUUUUUUCCUAUUCCUCGGAUUAGCAGUGCAAUCAUUGGCUGAGGAUGAUAAGCUAAGAUUCGAUUGCCACCCCGAAAAAGAUGCCAACAAAGACAACUGUGAGGCCAGGGGAUGCAUUUGGUCGGAACAUCAGUCAGAAGACACGUUCCUCCCAUGGUGCAUCCAGAAUCGCACGGCGAUCGGCUACCGGGUAACAGCUCAAAAUGGGAACACGGUUUCACUACAGAAAAACUCUGGCCCUAAAUCUCCGUGGGACCAAGACAUUGCGACGAUUACGAUGAAAACGAAGGAUAUCGACAACGUGCUAAAUGUGUGGAUUGGCAUUGAAGGGCGCUUUGAGCCGCAGCUCGAUUUACCCAAGGAGACGGUGCCCGGCUCGGACUCGCUAUUCGUGACCAUCAACAACACUACGGACCCAUUUUCAUUCACCGUGAACCGGAAGAGCAACCAGCGAACGCUAUUCGACACCAGCAUUGGCGGCCUCAUUUUCACGGACCGCUUCAUCCAAAUCGCAACCUAUCUGCCGUCGGACCGGAUGUACGGAUGGGGCGAGAAUAUUCACCAAACGAUUAACCACGACUUGAGCCGAUAUUUGAGAUGGGGUAUGCUGGCCCGGGACGAGCCGCCGAAUAGUCAUGGUGUCGAUACGAAGAACCUCUAUGGCGUACACCCUUUCUAUAUGGUCCUCGAGCCCGAUGGCAAGGCGCAUGGUGUGUUGAUUCUGAACAGCAAUGCCCAGGACUUGACGACGUUGCCCUACCCGGCGCUGAUCUAUCGGACGAUUGGUGGAAAUUUAGACAUGUACUUCUUCCCGGGGCCCACUCCCGAAGACGUUACCCGCCAAUACUACAACUUUAUUGGACGCCCGUUUUUGCCGGCGUACUGGGCGCUUGGGUAUCAGCUCUGCCGCUACGGGUAUAAAAGUCUGGACGAGGCCAAGUCGGUGAUCGCCGAUGUCCGUGCGGCCGGCAUCCCCAUCGACGUCGCGAUGUUCGACAUCGACUACAUGAAUCGAUACAAGGACUUUACAGUUGGGGAUAACUGGUCCGACCUGUCCUCCUACACGUCGGUGAUGCACAGCUGGGGAAUGCGGCUGAUUCUGAUUUGGGAUCCGGCGAUUCAAGUGGAUUAUGAACCUUAUCAGAGAGCGAUUGCUGCGGGUGCCAAAUUCAUCGAGUGGGACCAGAAAAGCCAGGUGCAAAACCAGAUCAACGACCUGUACCCGUUGACGAAGGACACGACGACCAUGUUGGGAGUUGUAUGGCCCGAUCGUCACGUGGCGUUCCCGGACUUCCUCGACCCGACCGGCAAGACGUUGCAGUGGUGGCGGGAUGAGUUCAAGCGAUUCCACGAUCAGGUGGCCUUCGACGGCAGCUGGAUUGAUAUGAAUGAGCCGUCGGUGUUUGGGACAAAUGAUCAGCACCCAUGGUACUUUGACAACCCGGACCACCCCGAUGACCCGCCGCUCUUCUGCCCGACCACCGGCGACGAUGCCUACUGGGAGAAUGCGCCCUACCUCACCCAGGCCGCGUUCAACUUUGAUGGGGGCGCGCUCUGGACAAAGACGCUAUGCAUGUUGGCGCGCACGGCCAACCGCACCCAACGCUUCUACAACACAAAGAAUUUAUACGGUUGGUCGGAAGCCAAGGCGACAAUCGACGCGCUGCAGGGAACGACGGGACAGCGUGGCGCUGUCAUUACAAGAAGCACUUUCCCGUCAAUCGGACGCUACGCGGGGCACUGGCUAGGUGACAACACGGCCCGAUGGGAUGACUUGAAGACCUCGGUCGUCGGCGCCCAAGAAUUCAACCUGUUCGGGAUCCCGUACGUCGGCUCCGACGUGUGCGGCUUCAUCUCGGCGACAAACGAGGAGCUGUGCUUGCGGUGGCAACAGAUGGGCUCGUUCCACUCGUUCUUUAGAAACCACAACGACAACGGCUCGCCGCCGCAGCAGCCCACCGUUUGGCCGAGCGUGGCGAACGCGACGCGAAAGGCGAACCUUUAUCGCUACCAGCAUUUGCCGUAUUUGUUUUCAUUGCACUUUGCGGCCUCGUUGCGCGGUACCCCGGUGAUACGCCCCGUGUUCUUCCACUAUCCCACCGACGAAUACGCGGCCACGCUGUCGCAUCAAUUUAUGUGGGGUCCGGCUAUCAUGGUGGCCCCCGUCACGGACCCGGGUAUAACGACACAACGGGUGUAUCUACCAUCGGAUACUUGGUACUCCAUCUACGACUACAAGCAGAACCUGCGCGUUGCCAGCGGGUACGCGGAUUGCCAGGCGCCCACCACCUACGGCGUGCCGGCUUUUAUUCGAGGCGGCUACAUCGUACCCCGGCAAACACCAGACGUCACAACGGAAGCCGCGCGGAAAAACCCGUUCGGGCUUCUGGUGGCUGUAGAUUCAGGGGCUAAUCAUACGGCAUCUGGCGAGCUAUUCUGGGACGACGGCGUCUCCAUCGUUGACGAUAUCCGCCAGGCAAACUACUACAACUUCAAGUUUUCGUUUGCCGACUUGCCGACAUCAGGAUUGCUGACGAUUGAGGCUGUUGCUGUGGCGAAAAAUCUACCGCUACCCACGCUCAACGAGAUCAUAGUGCUCGGCUAUACAAACCAGCCGGAUCUGACGAAAGCCACGCUGAAUGGUCAACCCAUCAACAUCAAUGUGCAGACGAGUGGAUACAGCCCACUCACGCAGGUGCUCACCAUCCGAACCCAGGGCCUCAUCGACUUGACCAAGUCCACGGCAUUCAGUCUCAAAUGGCCCGUCGUCAAGCUGGGCAACGAGUUGAACAACAACAAGAUCAACAACGAUCACCCCCACCAAGAGCUGAUU